AUGCCUGCAGGGCGCACAGGAUUCGCCGUCGCCGAGAUGACAAGCGGGAUAGAACGAACGGACAUUAUCUCGCUUUUUGAGUGUGCAUAUCCCGCGGCUUCUUGCCUUGUCACUGUGUCCACUAUUGGUCGUCGGCCUUCGUCGGUGACCAUCAGACAAGAUGGCGAACGCUACGAGCCCGUAGCAAGAAGAAGCCACGGGUAUAUCCAUACGUCUCUUCCCAGCUUAUCAACAUGUUCGCCUCACUUGCGCUGA